UAUUUAUAAAAUAAGUUCAGGGGUAAUAGGACCUUGAUAUAGUAUAAAAUGUGUCUAUGAGAUUUCAGACAUAGAUUGAAGGGAUAUUUAUGCAUUUUCUCUAAAAUGUCAUGUGUAAUAGAAUACCACUUAUUAUGAAUAGUUGAAAUUACUUUAAGUAAUUUAAUAAAAUAAGAAAUUAUUUUGACGUUUCAUAUUUUCUUACUCAACAUUCAAUGUAGUAAAUAAAUCAUAUAAAUUGAAAUAUGUUUAGUCACAUAUCAUUAAAACCAAAAUAUUGAAAUAAGAAUUUAUCAAUAUUUCAAGUAUAUAUUAAAAGAGGAACAAAAUAAAAUAAUGCAGUAAACAAACAAAACAAAGGUGCGCGCGCAAACAAAAGUUCAAAACGGCCGAAUAAUAACAAUUUAUAUCAAAACAUAGAACAAAGCUGUUUUGUAUUUUUUUUUUUUCUGUAUCAACAAUGCUCCUCUGUUGUAUUCUUCCUUCCACAGCAGCGACAGAUAUUAUCGGAUUUUCCGAUUCUCUAAUUCUUCCAUGUUUAUAAAUCAAAUCAAAUUCUCAAUCUUAUUGCUUCGAUCUCAUCAGGUAGUUUCUUCUUCAUCUUUCUCAAAUUUUAAUUGAAGUUUUUUUUUUUCUUUUGGAGAUCCUGAGAAAAAAGGGUUUUUAAUGGGAGAGAUCGAUACGAAAUCGAUUGAAUCAGUCCAAGCUGCACUUUCAUUGUUCGGAGAGAAAUCCUGUGAUCACAAGAAGAAAUAUAGAUCCACUUCAUGUAUCAAUGAGAUGGAGAAAGAAAAGGAUACAGAAAGUGUGUUGAAAUACUUGGCAAACCUCAAAAUUCAACUUGAGGCGAAGGAUUCUGCACACAAGCAAGUACUUCUUAAGCUAGACCAUCACGAAAAUACAGUUGAUGAACUAUGCACUCUGCUAAUGAGCUCUGAACUCGAAAAGGAGAUUUACAUGAUCGAAUGUAAAGGGUUGAGGUUUCAUGUACAUGAGCUUGAGUCGAGAAUUCAGGAGAUGGAUGACCAACUUUUGGAGUCUGUAAUGAUACGAGAUCAGCUCUCACAUGCCACCGAUGAGUUAAAGGCUACACAAAGAGAACUAGUGACAGCAACAGAUGCUAAGAUUGAAGCCUUGUCACAAGUAGAAGUGAUGGAAAAUGCUUUGAGCAUUGAAAAGUUAAAGACUGAAGAGCUAUCGCGAGAUGUGUCAAAGCUGAACGAGACUGUUGUGCACUUGAGAAUGACAGCUACUACGGCAGAAGAGAACGCUGCGCUUUUGGAAUUAGAAGCAGCAAAUGCAAAGGAAGAAGUGGCUUUUAUGAGGCAUCAAUUGGUAAUGAUGCAGGAUUUAGAGAAUGAGCUAUUGGACAAGUUUGCACUUAUUGAUUCAAUGAAAGCAGAACUCCAAGAAUUGAAAGAACUUCGCGCUUCUACUGAGAAAGCCCCUUCAUUUGCUGCUGCUUCUAGUGAGGUGAAAAAGUUAAAUGAAGCUCUCGAAUUACAAGAGAGAAAGAAUUGGGAUCAGUCCGGUUAUAUCAGUCUAUUGGAAUCAGAACUCAGACAAUUGAAAGGGGAACUGAACAAAGCCAACGAAGAGUCUACUCGUGCUAAUGCAGACUUUGGAACAAUUAACAUUGAGCUGGAUCAGAUUAAAAAGGAAAUGAUUGAGACUAGAGAAAAGGAAUCAGAAGCACAAGUUGAGAUAGCAUUCCUAAAAUCCGAGCUUCACAAAGGGAAGUCGAAAAUUGCAGCAGCAGAAGUUGCUGAUUCAGUAGCCAAGAGUGAGAAAUCAGCUUUACAUCUCGUGCUACAGCAGCUGGCCGUAGAGGCUGAAGAGGCUAAAAACGAAAACAGGAGACUAAAAGAAGCCGGUAAGGCAUUAGAAGAGGGAAAAGGAGAGGCCAAGGAGGAGUAUGAUCAGUUACAUGAUGAGCCAAAUGAAAUUCAAAUACUGAAGAAAGAACUAAAAACAGCAACAGUGAAAAUUAACGAGCUGAGGACGAGAGCUGAGCAGGCGAUAAGCAGAGCUGAGGCAGCUGAAAAGGGUAAAUCGGCACUUGAAAAUCAGAUAAAGAGGUGGAAGGAACAUAAAGAGAGAAAAAAGGCUGCAUUGGCAGCACUUAAAGAGGAGUCCAUUUCCAGAGAAAUCACUGAAUACAAAUCUGAUACUUCUUCGAAAACACUACAACCUCUUGGUAAGGUUCUCAAGAUGAAGUUCUAGUUUUACACCAAUCUAUUGCAUAACUUAUCCAUAUGAAUAUCAAUGAUAUCCACAAUCAUCCUAUGGACGAUAGUAGUACAUAAGUGACGCUUUCCUCUUCAGUACCAAUCAUAAUUACCUCUCGUAAAGAUAGAAGAAAGAAAGCUGUCAUCGGUAUAUCUUUGAAAGCUCAAACGGAGGGAAUAAACAGACUCCUCUAAGGCUACUGAAGCCACUUUAGUGCAAAAAAAGGUUUUUAUGUAAUGUAUAAUUUUGCUAGUAUGAAAAAUGAUAGUACAAUGUGAUUUAUUGAUCUUGUUAUAACUUCUAUAUCACACUCUCUUGUUACUUGUUUUUGGUUUAAAAUUAGAUAUAGUAUUUAAACAUACUAUGUAUGUUGGGAAUGUUAAUACCAACUCAAUGGAGAAAAAGUUAUAAUUAGGAAGAAUUUUAUGAGUGAUUGAAGGGAAGGAUAAUCCU